CCAACAACGAGUCCUCAAGGAGAUAUUCUAAGUAUCAAUCAUUCUUAAGCAACUCGAAAGGAAAGUGCUCUUACAGAAUUCAUCUUUUCUUAGCACUCAUCGAUGGCGGCCAUGGCUUCAAUGAUGAUGAAAGCACCCGCAGCACUUAACUGCGGGGCAGUCAAAACGAAUAGUCAUAUCAGUAGAUUGCCCAACAGUAGCCUCCAAGUCAAGUGCAUGGCUGCAAAGGUUUGCUAUUUUGCUGUUGUUCGUUUAGCUAUUUUGCUCUUUAUUCUUAUGAAGCUUUGGCUAAUGCGUUUUAUUUUGGUACGUGGAUCAGGAUCCAAAGGAAACGUCUACCAAGGUGAGGACGAAAUUUGGCGACCUGUUUGCGUUCUCAGGGCCUGCGCCGGAGAUCAUCAAUGGAAGGGCGGCUAUGUUGGGGUUCGUAUCGGCCAUUGCAGUGGAGGUGGCCAGCGGAAGAGAUUUGCUGUCGCAGGUGAAUAGUGGAGGACUGUCGUGGUUUGCGUUAACUGCAGGAUUAAUGACGGUGGGGACACUGGUGCCCCUGUUCAAUGGAAUAUCGAGGGAGAGCACGUCGCAGCCAAUAUUUUCAUCCACAGCAGAAAUGUGGAAUGGGCGCUUUGCUAUGCUCGGCCUCCUCGCAUUGGCUUUCACUGAAUACGUCAAGGGUGGACCGCUUGUAUAAACACCUUAAUAUCUAUUUCUAUUCAAGCACAAGCUCCAGUAUUGGAAGCUCUCACAUGGCAUUCCAUGUUCCAGUGGAAUUUUCUUGUACUGUUUAGAAUGUCAUACAGUUCAAUUAUACAAAACCUUGUAAAAAAAUUCAAUCUUAUACUAUAAAGAAAGUUUGAGUUCAACGA